CAGAUUUUUAUGGUUUCAGCAUUUCAUCUGUUGUUGUGGUAUUUAAUCUACCUAGUUAUAGUGGUCAAUUUUAUAAUCUUUCCUGUUGUAAUGUGAUUGGAGUGCUUAAAUGGCAAGCUAAUUGGAUCGUGAAAGCUAUUGCACACUACUAGAAUCGUUGUGCAAAGCCAUAGAAGGAUGCUAGGUUGAGAUGAUUGUGCUUAUUUCAAUCCAGAAUAUAGAUUUUUGAACAUUAAAGCACAGUUGAUCACCAUUAUUAUUGCCUUAAUUGUAGAAUUGGCUUAGAAGUAUUAGUUGUUCCCUUCCAGAGAACAUGGUUUAUUUAUGGUUAGUGAGCAUCAACCAGCGAACUGCUCUAGUUGGCCAACCCUGUAAAUUUUUUGGGCAGUGUGAAUGGAGGUUAAAGAAAAUAUUUAAUUUUUAAAUUGUUUCAUUUGAAUUGUUCCUUAUUGACCUUUAACAGCUCAAGUGUCUUUUCUGUUGUAGCAGUUUUGGUAUAAAAUUUAUGCUUGUUGCAUGCAUAUGUGCAGAAUGACAACCAGGUCCUUACUAAAACUUGUACCUAAAUGUUGUCUUUUGAUCAAGGUGAGGACUAUGCGCACAAACAAUCACUUUGAAAUGAGGGAAUACAAUUUGGAUGUCCUUCAAGAUGAAGAGGAUUCAUCUGUUCAUGCACAAGGGAGGCCAUAUCCGAUAUACCCUUCAAAAGGAGGUCUAAAGCCAAACUUCCUUAGAGAUAUGAUUUCAAGAGCCUUAGAGACCUUGCCUGUCAAUGUUGAUCCUAUUCCUAAAGAUAUCACUUUGGAUUUUGGACUUCUAUGCCUUCGUGAUGCAUAUACUGGAAUUCACCGGCCGAAGAAUUUAAAUGAGGCUGACUUAGCCCGUAAAAGACUUAUAUUUGAUGAAUUCUUUUAUCUCCAGUUGGGGCGUUUGUUCCAAAUGCUUGAAGGUCUUGGUACAAAAAUAGAAAAAGACGGAUUGCUGAAUAAGUACAGGAACCCUGAAUUGGAUGCAGUAUUUAUAGAAGAAUGGUCUGGUCUCGCUAAAAUUUUUUUGAAGGCUCUUCCAUAUUCCCUUACUCCUAGUCAGCUGACUGCUAUUUCAGAAAUCAUCUGGGAUCUAAAGCGACCUGUUCCAAUGAAUCGAUUACUGCAGGGUGAUGUUGGAUGUGGAAAAACGGUGGUAGCUUUUUUGGCUUGCAUGGAGGUUAUUGGCUCAGGCUAUCAGGCAGCUUUCAUGGUUCCUACUGAGUUGCUUGCGGUCCAGCAUUAUGAGCACCUGCAUAAUUUGCUAGAGAAUAUGGAGGAGGUCCACUGCAAACCUUCUGUUGCUCUGCUAACAGGCUCAACCCCAUCAAAACAGGCACGGCUAAUUCGUCAGGGCCUGCAAACUGGAGACAUUUCAUUGGUCAUUGGGACUCACAGUUUAAUAGCUGACAGUGUGGAGUAUUCUGCUUUACGCAUUGCUGUGGUGGACGAGCAGCAUCGCUUUGGUGUGAUCCAGAGAGGAAGGUUUAACAGCAAGUUAUACUACAACUCCAUAAGUUCCAAAAUGGCCUCAACUUACUCAGAUGACUCCUCAAAAGGUGACGUGUAUAUGGCUCCUCAUGUUCUUGCUAUGUCAGCCACUCCAAUCCCAAGGACACUUGCUCUGGCUUUGUACGGUGACAUGUCCCUGACUCAGAUAACUGAUUUACCUCCUGGAAGAAUACCAAUUGAAACAUACUUAAUUGAAGGAAAUGAAAGUGGAUUUGAGAAGGUCUACCAGAUGAUGCUGGAUGAAUUAGAAGCAGGAGGCAAAGUAUAUCUUGUUUAUCCAAUCAUUGAGCAAUCUGAGCAACUGCCUCAGCUUCGUGCUGCUUCAGCUGAUCUUGAAAGUAUAUCUAGUAGGUUUGAAGGUUACAGUUGUGGGCUGUUACAUGGAAAAAUGAAGAGUGAUGAGAAAGAUGAAGCAUUGAGGCAGUUUAGAUCUGGAGAGACACAUAUACUGCUUUCUACUCAAGUAAUAGAGGUUGGGGUUGAUGUUCCAGAUGCAUCUAUGAUGGUUGUUAUGAAUUCUGAGAGAUUUGGAAUAGCGCAACUACACCAGCUCAGAGGACGAGUUGGACGUGGGGUAAGGAAAUCAAAAUGCAUAUUAUUAGCAUCUACAACUAGUAGCCUAAACCGUUUAAAGGUGUUGGAGAAAUCCUCAGAUGGUUUCUACCUAGCAAACAUGGACCUCCUUCUACGUGGGCCUGGUGACUUGCUUGGUAAGAAACAGUCCGGACACCUUCCGGAGUUCCCUGUUGCUAGACUAGAGAUAGAUGGAAAUAUUUUACAAGAAGCACAUCUUUCUGCUCUGAAAGUGUUGGGGGAUUCUCAAGACUUGGAGAAAUUCCCAGACCUCAAAGCCGAGCUUAGCAUGCGACAGCCACUUUGUCUUCUUGGUGAUUAAGCUCUAGUCAGUACUUCCAAACAUACCCUUCUCCUUGUUUCAAGAUGUAUUUGGUUGAUCUGGGGAUUGUUAAAGCUUUGAAACUCCCAGUGGCCAUACAACUUGCCAGUGGUUCCCGAUCUUGUGGAUGGUGGGUAGAUGGGCUCGGACUGCCCUGUGCAGCUUCAGUUUCUGCAAUGCUUCCAUGAAAUUAAUAGAGGUACUUUCAACAUCAACGCUCUUGUAUUUGUCUUGUCAUAGAUAUAUGAGCUGAAAGUUUAUGUAAAUUGUCACCCAUGUAAGAUCAGAUGGAUUCUUAAUUUUAUAAAUGAAAUUUGUAUAUUACGACUAAAGGCAGAUCUCUUUAGUUCAUUGAAUUGCAUCAAGACGUGACGUAUUGGA